UUAGCGCUCCUUUUGUCAUAUUUCGUGAUUAAAAGUCUAGAUUGCUGUCUGCUCACACGAAAAGGAAAUCUGUGUCUCAUUUUCUUGUGAUUUUCAGUAACAUCCAAACCGAUAGUUAAAUAAUGGGCUCAGUAUCUGCAAAGGCUUUGGAAGGAGGAAGCGAUUAUAAACAUGAUCCUCUGGAAGGAUUCCCCAAUGGUCGUAAACCCCGAGAAAUUAAAACUACUUUGGAAGAAAUGGAAUCGGCCAAAAUUCCCUUGGAUAAACGGGAUUACUGUGUAGACUAUCUUCUCAAGUAUUUAGGGUGUAGAAGUGAAACAUUUCCAUUGGUGUACAAGUGCCAUCACGACAAGCAUGAAUACCUUCACUGCCAAUAUGAGGACUAUUUAAUUCGAAUGAAAGAUUAUGAAAGAAAUCGUCGACUGGAUGAAAGAGCUGCCAAAAGUGAGCAGCAUUAAAAUAAAGACGGAAAAUCAUUGAUGAAGAAGAAGAAAUAGUUUUCAGAAAUAUCAAUAAUUUGGCAAGUUUUUUUUUGUAUAAGGUAAACUUAGUGUGUAAAUAAAACAAAAAAACUUA